ACUAAAGUUUGAUUCUUUGCCCUUCUAUGAAUCUUACCGAAGCCAUAUUUUCACACUCAUGUCACAAGAAGAACGACACUCUUCUUUGUUCAUUUCUUGUUUCAUUCUCCAUUCCAAUUUCCCAACAUGUCAGUGCACCGUCAAAGAGAAACAAACCCCCAUUUUUAUCCCCAACAACUACCCACAGGACCUCAUGAAUCCGAAAUCGAUGUUUUUCCGUCGCAUCAUAAUCAAGGUCUCACGCCGCCCCCUCCCAGGCGCAAAAGUCGUCUACCACCACCACCAUCACUGCCACCACCACAAUUCGAUGAGGACACCAAUUCUCACCCUUCUAUACAACCUAAACCACCAAAGCGUCAAAGCCGACGACAAACUCCACACUACCGUGAAUCAACUCCUCCGCCACCGCUAGAUCCAUCACUACAUCAAAAGGAACCACCGCUACACCCCCAACCAGUACCACCCCAUCUUCAUGCAAAUGAACAUGACCAUGUCAAUUCAGCCAGGCUACCUGAGAGUCGUAAAACCAACCCAUUAAUAUGGCUUAUAGGAUCAAUUUGUGCAAUUUUGUGGAUCAUAAUAAUAGUAGGAGGCCUCAUAAUCCUUAUAGUUUACUUAGUUUUCCGUCCCCGGAAUCCAAAAUUCGACAUCUCGACUGUCUCACUAAAUGCUGCCUACCUUGACAUGGGUUAUUUCCUCAAUGCAGAUCUCACAGUACUCGCAAACUUCACCAAUCCAAACAGUAAAGUAAACAUCGACUUCAGCUAUGUAGUCUUCGACCUUUUCUACAAUGAAAAGUUAAUAGCUACACGUUAUAUCCAACCAUUUUCUGUGAUGAAGUCCGAAUAUAGGUUCGCAGAUGUGCAUCUUAUGUCGAGCCAGGUUCGACUGCCUGUAGCCGAUAGUCUAAACAUGCAAAGGCAGAUAGAGAAUGGAAGAGUUGACUAUGAGAUAAGGGGUUUAUUCAGAGCAAAAUCUAAGCUAGGAGGAUUCCUCCGGUACUCAUAUUGGCUGUCUGCUCACUGUAAAAUAGCGCUAGGAGCCCCUCCUACUGGAAUCUUGAUCCGCAAACAGUGCCAAACAAAGCGCCAAGGUAUAUCGUAAACUUGAAUUUUCGACACAACAGAGAAGACAUACAAUAGAAUCAAAAUCAUAGAACACAACCCUUUGGUUUAUGCUGGUUGUCACUUAAUUUUAUUUGUGUGUGAUUGAUCCGAAGUGCUGAACUUUUGUUAUACCUUCAUUUCUUGUGAUUAAGGUAGCAUUUCCAUUUUAUUUGUGCCAAUUUCACCUUUCCAAAAUAUGUACAAUGCUUUUUUAUA